AUGGCCGAAAGCGAUGCAUCGUACUUCAGUGGGCCGCUGCAGCUCAUCCAGAUCGAUGAUGAUGGCAAGUGCCACCUUCAGGAAAAUGCUGCGGCCAUCCUCAGUCAGAUCCCGGGGCGGCUUGCGAUUGUGGGCAUCGCUGGGCUCUACCGAACUGGCAAAUCAUUCCUAUUGAAUCGUCUGCUUGGCCUGCAGGCCGGUUUCGAGAUUGGUCCCACCAUCAACCCGUGCACGAAAGGUCUUUGGAUUUGGGGCCAGCCUGUGCAGCUGGCGCCGGACUACUUCUGUAUCCUCAUCGACACUGAGGGUUUGGGCUCCACUCAACGCACAGCAAGCUGCGACAUGCAGAUCUUGUCUCUAUGCAUCCUGCUCUCCUCGUACUUCAUCUACAAUUCCAUGGGCGCGAUAGAUGAGCAGGCCAUCGACGACUUGCACCUCGUGCUUCACUUGGCAAAGCAUAUCCACGUGAAGAGCCGCCGGCGCAACGAGGAAGAGAAGUCCGUGGACCUCGCCCAGUACUUUCCUCUAUUCCUCUGGGUUUUGCGAGACUUCCAUCUCCGUCUUGCCGAUGAGCGUCCUGGAACUGUUCCCACGCAGGAGUACCUUGAGCGAGCCCUGCAAUCUGUUCAAGGUCAAGACGACAAGAACAAGCUGCGAGACGUCAUCAAGGACCUCUUCCGGGAGCGUGACUGCGCCACAAUUGUACGGCCGGUAGCCGACGAGGCGGACCUUCGAAACAUUCAGAAGCUGCCCUACGAGUCUCUGCGGCCGGAAUUCCGCGUGCAGGUGGAAGCCUUCGUCAAGAAGGUGUAUAUGUUCCUGAAGCCAAAGAAGAUUGAUGGGCAGCUGGUGAAUGGGGCCAUGCUGGUGGAGCUGGCGGGCGAGUACUGCAAGGCCAUCAAUGGCAGCGUGGUUCCCACAAUCCAGUCUGCAUGGACCUCUGUGGUCCAGCAUCAACUGCGACUCUCGCUGCGGGAUGCUGUCCAGGUGUACCGCUCCAGGAUGAACGAGACAGCGAUGCAGCAUCUUCCUGUCUCAGACGAGAAGCCUCCCGGCUUAACAGCUGGAGUUUCCUGGGCUACUCGAAUAUUAACGGGCUGUGAAGUUUGGAGCCCUGGUCCAAGCCUUCCUGUCCCGGAAUCCCACUGCUUCUCGGGAUCUCGGGAAGGCAGGGAUAGGGGUGCAGCAGGCUGCGCGAGCUGCACAAGGAGGCGAAGGCGGAGGCUUUGA